AUGGAAUCUGCGUCAAGGCAGCCGACUACGGCACCUCAGAGCCAGGCCCUCCCGUCAAUUGCUUCUCUUACGGGCGGUCUGCAUCAGCCCGAUUACCCUCCGUAUCAGGCGCAUCAUCAGCAAGAUACUCGCGACUCUGGGAAUUGGUCGCUCCCGCAAAGCAAGCACUCGUCCGUAGUCUCCAAUCCUACAGGAUUACAGCUACACAAGAUCCUGAACGCGGAGGACUCACCAUCACGGCAUUCAGUGCCCGAGACGCUGCAGUCUGCAAGAUAUGCAUCACAACACCAUGCCGGCCUCCCCUCGAUCAACCAAGGAUAUGAUCCUACGCGAUUGAGCUUUGACCAGACGUCUCGUCUCGACUCCCGGCGGAGCAGCGUCGACAGUCGUAUGAAUGCAGGCAUGGGUCACCUUGCCAUCAGCCCGUCGUCACCGUACGAGAGUCAGAACGCUUCACGCGUCUCGCUCGUAUCGAGCUUGCAGCAACAGCGCGGUAUCGCGUGUGAUCCAAGGUCAAACGGCACGAUACCCUUGUCUCCCUUAGGCCCUCGGGCGUCAAUUCGCGCACAUGUAGCUCCUCGGCAGGCGCCGCCAAUCCGGCCGAUUCAAAGGAACAUGUCCGGUGUACCAGACCCAAUGGCUGCUGCUCCAACGAAAGGACAUGCCUGGGCCUUCCCCGCUGAGGCUGAACCAGAGGAACGACGGGCGUCGAGCAGCGGAGACUCCAGCGCUGAGCGCUCCACCAUUCCCUCGCGGCAGAACAGCUUCGCCACGUCGUUCACGGACAGCAUCUACACUGACUCAGCGUUACCCAUGGGCCAGAAGAGGCUAGAUGAUGGUAUUGAAGGCUCCUACACGCACCAUCAUUCGUUACAGCAUCGCAGUGUUGCAAGUCUCCAAGGAAGCGAACAGCAACCUGGAGCAGCCGGCCCAUACGGCCCAUCAGGAAGUGGUAACUACAGCCGGACGCCUGAACUACGAGUAAGUCACAAAAUGGCAGAAAGAAAGCGGCGCAGUGAGAUGAAGUCAUUGUUCGAGGAAUUGAAUUCCAUAUUGCCAAACUCGCCGGGCAGCAAGUCCAGCAAAUGGGAGAUCUUGACGAAAUCAAUCGACCACAUCAAACACAUAAAUAGGGCUUAUGAUAACAGCCGCCAAGAGAACACUCGUCUGCGGUCAGACGCGAAUAUGUGCCGCAGGUUGAAGGAAGAGAAUGAGAUGCUGCAGAGGGAAAUGCACGCCAUGUGGCAGCACCUGCGACAAAUCGAUCCCAGCAACCCGCAUGUUUACGGAAGCAUGUCGAGCGCGUUCGGACAGCAGCAAACCCAACAAGCGCCCGCACCCGCGCCUGCCACGAUCCUUCCUCCGUUACAGCCUCCGCCGCCGCAAUGGGGUCCGCCAGGCGCAGCGAUGCAGGGUGUCGAAUACGCUACCCGACCUUUCGACCAUCGCUAG